AUGGAGAGAGCAAAACUCAAUGUAAGAUCAAUAUCCUUUGUUUUCCUGUUAUUUCUGAGCUUCAAACCAUUCUUUUCAAAGGCACAAUCUCCAAACUAUGUGGGAGAUGAUUGCCAUAACACAACCCAAAAACCUCUCAGCAGUGCAUACCAAACCAAUCUUGAUAGCAUCCUCUCAUGGCUAUCGAUUGAUGCAGCCACAAGCAAAGGUUAUAACCACACAAUCAUAGGCAACAACACUCUCAGAGAUGCUGUGUAUGGCCUCUAUGAUUGCCGUGGUGAUGUGGCUGGAUACUUUUGUCAAUUCUGUGUCUCUACUGCUACCAGAGAAGUUCUUCAGCAUUGUCCCAACAGAGUCUCUGCUGUUAUAUGGUAUGAUUUCUGCAUUCUCAGGUACUCUAAUGAGAACUUCUUUGGGAAUGUUACUAUAGACCCAUCAUGGCAUGCUUUUGGAACAAAAAACAUCUCUAGCUUAAAUGAGAGUAAGAAAGGUGAGGAUUUUAUGAGAAGUCUGAUCAGAAAAGCAACUAAGGAGACAAACCAGUUGUACUAUAUGAGUGAGUUCAACUUGAGUUCUACUCAGAAAAGGUAUGGUCUGGUGCAAUGCAGCAGAGAUCUUACAAAUGAAGGGUGCAGACAGUGUUUGGAGGCCAUGUUAGCACAAGUUCCCAAAUGUUGUGAACAAAAGAUGGGUUGGCAGGUUUUGGCUGCAAGUUGUCUCAUAAAGUAUGAUGAUUAUAUGUUCUACCUUUUUCACAAUCAACAAUCUGCAGUUCCUGUGCCUAAUUCUCAAACAGCCAAACAAGGGGUUACUAGUAAGUCGAGAAAAUUGAUCAUUGGAUUAAGUGUGCUGGGGUCAGUAGCUCUAGUAUGUUUCGGUAUUUACUGUUUCUGGUGCAGGAUUAGAGUUAGAAAAGGUAAUUUACUGUAUGAGGAAACACUGAAUACGGACCUGCCUACAAUACCAUUAAUCACAAUUCUACAGAGUACUGGUAAUUUUUCACAAGCUUCUAAAUUAGGGGAAGGUGGAUUUGGCCCCGUUUACAAGGGAGUUCUACCAGAUGGAAGAGAGAUUGCAGUCAAAAGGCUCUCCAAAGCUUCUUGUCAAGGCUCAGAGGAGUUCAAGAAUGAAGUAAAGUUUAUUGCUAAAUUGCAACAUCGAAACCUUGUAAGACUUUUGGCAUGCUGCUUGGAUGAAAAUGAAAAGUUACUUGUAUAUGAGUAUUUGCCGAACUCAAGUCUCAACUUUCACCUAUUUGAUGAUGAAAAAAAGAAGCAACUUGAUUGGAAACUAAGAUUAAGCAUUGUCAAUGGAAUAGCAAGAGGCCUUUUAUAUCUUCACGAGGACUCUCGACUCAGAGUAAUCCAUAGAGAUCUCAAAGCUAGCAAUAUUCUAUUAGACCAUGAAAUGAAUCCCAAAAUAUCAGAUUUUGGAUUGGCAAGGGCAUUUGAAAGAGGCGAGAACGAGGCAAACACAAGAAGAGUAAUGGGUACUUAUGGAUACAUGGCUCCAGAGUAUGCUAUGGAAGGACUAUUUUCAGUGAAAUCUGAUAUUUUCAGCUUUGGAGUUCUUCUUGUGGAAAUCAUUUGUGGAAAAAGGAAUAGUGGAUUCCAUCUAUCAGAACGUGGUCAAAGUCUUCUUUCAUAUACUUGGAGAAAAUGGUGUGAAGGAAAAUGUUUGGAAUUGAUGGAUUCGGUAUUGGAAAAAUCUUGCAUAGCCAGUGAGGUUGUGAAGUGCAUACACAUUGGUCUGUUGUGUGUUCAAGAAGAUGCAGCAGAUAGACCAACCAUGUCAAAUGUUGUUGUAAUGCUGGCAAGUGACACAAUGGCCCUUCCAAAACCAAACCACCCCGCAUAUUCAGUUGGAAGAAUGAACUCAGGGGAAGCAUCUACUUCAAAAAGUUCCAACAAUCCUUCCAUUAAUGACUUGACAGUCUCUAACAUUUUACCAAGGUAAUGGAUACCUGGAUGAAAACCUCUUUCCUUAUAUAAGUGAGAUGACGUCUUAUACUCAAUCUUACCUUUAUAUAUUUGUGAAGAAUCUAUUUCUCUUUAGGUCAACUUUACACUAGUUGGAAAAAAAAAAAGAAAAAAUUUUCUUUGCCAUUGUGGAAAAUCUUGUAACAGAAUGAAGAGCCUCUAGUAAAUUAGAAGCAUUUUCCGUUUUGGACAUGUUCUGAGGAGACUCC